AUGUCUCCCAUCAGCAAUAUCAUGGCCCGCGGCAACUCGGUUCUCGGCCGUCGCGAGCUCGGCGAUUCGGACACCUUCAUGAAUCUGAUGAUUACCUUCCUUGGCCUCGCUUUCAUUGCCCUUGUUCUGACCGCCCUACUCGUGGUGCUGCGGAGGCAUAGGCGCCGACAGGCGAUGGGUGACGACACACUCCCUCACUACAACGACAUCAAGCAUGACUACAACGGACAACACCACAACAACACCCGCCGCUUGACGAUACAGACCGCAGACGGCCGCUCUAGCAUUGUUGUCGUCAACGGCGGCGGCCGCCCCAUGUUGGCCGACCCCAACUCGCCUCCUCACUCCCCCACCAACAUUCCCGAGAUCCACAUCACCUUCCCCGACGAGCACGACGAAUAUGGUCGCAAGCAAGACGGACGUGUUAUGGUUGUGCGCGUGGGUGAUGCCACCGUCGGAAUGGAGCCCGUCCGGGAAGAGCAGCUGCCCGCUUACGAGAAGGAGAGCAGCCACGGCUUCUACUCGAUCGACAUGGACCACAUUGGUGGCCUGAAGGAGAAGGACCGCUCGCAGUUCCACUAA